CCACAGGCUCGGGUCACAUUCACCCAUGCGUCCAGCAUCACACCGCAAGUAACCUCUUAUCGUACACACGACACGACCUGCCGUCCGUCGCACAUGCAUCACAGCCCCGACACUUACUAAUCCACACUGACAUCCUUCUUCAUCUCUUCAUCGGCCUCCACCUUGGAGACCCUGCAACCACACGACAAGACACACGACACAACACCACGAACCACAAAUGCAACGGGGCCUUGCUGUGCUGCCUGCGCAUCCGUGACGGUACUUACUUUUCUUGAGCGGCCUUUCUCUCCCACAGGUGCAGGUACGACUUGAGUCUGGGGGCCAGCCGCUCCAGCUCAAACACCUCCUCCUCAUCUAACCACAUCAAACGCUUGUUCUGACUGUUGCAUUGCAGUCACACACACACACACACACACAAACAGCCAGCCAAACACAAUCCAUAUCCAUGCCAUGCCUGUCUAUGGUGGAGGGCCUUCUGCAUGUGUUGGAUCCAGUUCACCUGUCGACAAAGCAUAGGACCGGCUCGGCCGCUCCGUCCUGGUCUCUCUUGGCGAUGAACACAAAGCAUUUCUUACCCGAUGGAAGCUGCAACACAACCGGAGAGCGCAGUCGCUCACCUGCCUUGCUUGCGUACCCGAAUAGAUCUUGAUCUCUUGGAUGGCGGCGGAGGCCAGUACACCGAGCGGCUUUGCUGCUGCAGCCAGGGACGCCCCAGGCUGCCUGCACAGGCAGGGCAGCCUCCAGAAGCAGAUAAGGGGCCAGUGAGUGACACUGCUGUGGAUGAAAAGAGGCGUGCCGCCUGGGAUGGUAUGUGACGCUGCAUAUUGCGCCGACGCGGGUCUGAGCCAAAGAUCUGCAAACUCCAAGCUCGCACAUGGGACUCCGCCCCGUGUUUCUUGUGUUGUGUAAUUCUUCCCGAUCUUUCUCUGACGGCCUUGCAUGGAUGCGUCCAUGGACGAAUGGAGGCUGAGAAGGAGAAUGCAAGCACGGACCUGUCCUGUCGCCCGCCAGCGAGGAGCCUCAGCUCCCCGGCACUUCAGCAU